AUGAGUGAUGUAGCCAGGGAGAUAGUUGGUGAUUGUCUUAAAAAAGAAGUUGUCACUGAAGUGACAGUCAAGCUGCGAGCUGCUAACACAGAACCAGAAUCCCUUCUUUCUUCUCCUUCCUCCACAGCUUGUGGGAAGCCAGUUAACUCCCCACGAAUUGUUGGGGGGCAAGCAGCCUUGGAUGGGGCAUGGCCCUGGCAAGUCAGCAUUUCACUACAUGGCAAACCGUUCUGUGGAGGGGCUCUCAUAGCCAAGCAGUGGGUAGUUUCAGCAGCCCACUGUUUCCCUUGGUCUGCUAACCUAACUAACCUAAUUGAGGUGCAGCUGGGGGCCUAUCAGCUCUCCGUCUUUUCAAGUAACACAGUAAAAUCUGCAAUCCAACGGAUAAUCCUCCACCCUGACUACAACGGCAAGGACGGCUCCUCUGGGGAUAUAGCUCUGGUGGAACUGAAGUCCCCUGUGAAGUUCACUGACUACAUCCUCCCCGUCUGCCUGCCAGGGUCCUCUGUGCAAUUUUCUACGAAAGCAAACUGCUGGGUCACUGGAUGGGGAGCAAUACGACCCGGAGUGCCACUGAAACCCCCACAAACCCUCCAGCAACUGAACGUGCAGCUAAUACAACGGGGCAAAUGCAACAUUCUCUUUAACGAGGCUGCAGGCGACGUUGUGGAGCACAAUCCUAUCAGGGCUGAUAUGAUCUGCGCGGGUCACCUGGAAGGUGGCAAAGAUGCCUGCCAGGGUGACUCUGGAGGACCCUUGGUUUGCAAAUGUGCUGGAGGCUGGACCCUGGCUGGAGUCGUGAGCUGGGGCGUAGGAUGUGCCUUGCCCAACCUCCCUGGUGUCUAUUCCUCUGCUCCUUUCUAUGCUAAGUGGAUCUACCAGCAUAUACCUAGCAUGAACUUUGUAGGGUGCAGAAACGGUGGGGAAGGUGUGAAUGGCAGUUUGCAGCAUGCCCCUGCUCUUGCUUUCCUCCUGAUGUCCCUUGCAUGGGUCUUCCU